AAAACUAACAAGUCCUACUUUACAAAUAUAUAGGGUUAUAACUUGUAAGCAUUUUAUCAAACACUUUACGUUCGUUUUGUUCAAUUACAGAGAGAGUGUGUGACAGAUAAACAAACCAAAGCAUCAAACAAAGGUUGCAAUUCGUUCAUUCGAUGGAGUUGUUGGAAUCCGAUAAACCCAACAACGCUAACACUAACACUGUUACUGUUAGUGUCGCCACAAAGGAAAAAUCAAAGCCAAAGCGAUUCAUUAAAAGCCAAAUUCCAGAUUCAAUCCUAAACGAUCCUCUUCUCAACGCCGCCAUAUCCAUUCUCCCUUCAAACUACAAUUUCGAAGUUCACAAAUGCGUUUGGCGCGUCCUCUCCACCGGCGCUAAGCGCGUCGCACUUCAAUUCCCCGAAGGUCUUCUCAUGUACUCUCUUAUCCUCUCCGAUAUAUUCACUACCUUCGCCGGCGUCACUCACUGUUAUGUUCUCGGCGACGUCACUUACGGUGCUUGUUGCAUCGACGAUUUCUCCGCCGUCGCUCUAAGCGCCGACCUUCUUAUUCAUUACGGUCACAGUUGUCUUGUUCCUAUUGAUUCCACAACCAUUCCUUGUCUUUAUGUUUUUGUUGAUAUCAAAAUCGAUGUUGAUCAUUUGGUUGAAACUGUUAGGUUAAAUUUAGAAUCUUUAGGUAAAACCCUAAUUAUUGCUGGAACGAUUCAGUUUGCGUCUGGGAUUCGUGCUGUGAAACCUGAAUUGGAGAAAUUAGGGUUUAAGGUUUUUAUUCCGCAAUCGAAGCCGUUGUCUGCCGGUGAAGUUCUUGGUUGCACUGCACCUAAGGUGGCAAAAUCGUUGGAUGAUUGUGGUGAAAGUGUUUUGGUUUUUGUGUCGGAUGGAAGGUUUCACCUUGAAGCGUUUAUGAUAGCGAAUCCGGGGAUUAAGACUUUUAGGUAUGAUCCUUAUAUAGGGAAGUUGUUUUUGGAGGAAUAUGAUCAUGUGGGUAUGAAGGGAUCGAGGAAAAACGCGAUUUUGAAAGCGAAGGAGGCGAGGAAUUGGGGCGUUGUUUUGGGGACUUUGGGUAGGCAAGGGAAUCCAAAGAUUUUAGAAAGAUUGGAAAAGAAAAUGAGGGAGAAAGGGUUUGAUUAUACUGUGGUUUUGAUGUCUGAGCUAAGUCCUAAGAGGAUUUCUCUGUUUGAAGAUUCUGUCGAUGCUUGGAUUCAGAUUGCUUGUCCUAGACUCUCUAUUGAUUGGGGUGAUGCUUUUGUGAAACCUGUUCUUACACCUUUUGAGGCUGAGAUAGCACUUGGAUUGAUACCUGGUUGGUGGGAGAAAACUCAGGUGCAAAAGCAGGGUUGUGAAGAUGUUAUCGGUUGCAAUAAGAGUGAUUGUUGCUCUAACGGUAGCUGCGGAGAUGCGAAGGAAACUAAUGAUUUUGGUGGAGAUUAUCCGAUGGACUAUUAUGCUCAAGAUGGAGGAGAGUGGAAUUCCUCUUAUGUGAAAAAGUCUACUCGUCCUGCCAGGAAAAUUUCUGUAACUUCUGUUGCUAAUAGUGUAAUUUCUCAGUAGUCUUAAAUUUGCUCAGUUUUUAUUGUUAUAGUUGUAAUGAUUUGCUUCAAACGGUAGAGUUAAUAGCUUAUUGGUUUUUAUUAGCUUUGACCAAUUUUGAGAAGUAGACAUUGUUGCACAUUCAUUGUUGAUAACUUGAUAAGCUACUCUUGUCAAAAGGGAAACGAAGAGCCACAUGAGUAGAGUGCUUGUUAUAUUUUUGAACGAUUUUUGCUGGCACGAGGAAUUGAGGAUUGAUUUGUGUGUGUUCACUUCAACGAGUUAGACGUCAUAUAUAAUUCUAUCAAUCUUGAGACAGAACAAACAUUCUUAAGUUCAUACUUGUUACCUAGUUUGUGUUA